CACGGCUAGAGUUGAAAACGUUUAUCACAUGAGGAUGACGAUAUUAUCAAGCAAUCAAGCCUGGACUAAAAAAAAAUUUUUUUUACAAAACUGCAAGCAGACUUUUAAAAAGUAAUUAGAUCUAGAUCUUGUAAUUAACUAAUUAUGUCUCAGAAAGAAGAACAAGCUCCUGAAGAUACAAAGCCACUUGCGGGAGUUGCAAGAGAGGCAUUAGAGGCACCAUCUGGACCAGUGGGAUCAGUAAGACUAAACAGGAUUAGACACUAUCUCAGAAAGACAGGAAUACAGAACCAGUUCCAAAAUUUGCUGCAUUUGCUGCUGAGUAGAGAUGAGCUGCCAUACAAUCCUUACCCUGGCUUUGCUGUGCGAUUGAGACCUUUUAUGGAAAAAUUUUACACAGAUAUUGAAACUGAUGAAAAAAUAGAAUAUUUAUUAACUGUGCCACUGCGUGAGACCCAACUGAUUGAUCUGUUUACAGUACAAGAUGGGGGGCCCGUUUGGGGGCUUAGAAGUAUUCUUCGGGUACUGAACCCAACCAUGGUAAACAGAUAUCGAUGGCUGUCAGACAAUAUCACUCCAUCUUUUAAUGAUCUGUAUCAGAAGGAAGGCUACUCUAAUCAAGUAAUGGUGGCCCUUGUUGGUGCAUCCAUUUUCCAUGGGUCCUUCUACAGCCAGGUACACAUUGCGCAGUACAGACUGGAAUUUCUCAUCACUGGCGCUAACGUUACUGAGGCAGUGUCAAUCUUUGUCAACAGUGUAAUCCUGGACAUUGACAGACUUGGUGACAGCAAUCACCAUAUACUGAUUGGGCUUAACGUUCCGGUUCAGACUGAAAAUGUCUGGCUUUUAGAAUUCUGGGACCCAGAGACUAUACAGAAACACAAAGGAGAACUGAUGCAAAAAAUAUGUGAUGCCGUCAUCGAGAGCAAAUAUAUCAUAGCAGAGUGUGUAUUUAGGUUAGAUCCACUAACAGACACUUACAUUCAAGGACAAAAACAGUACACGUUGUCCUUUGUUGCGGUCAACAAUGAACUAAAGGAAGAAGGCUUGUCAAAUUUUGCUGAGUUUCCCAUGGCGUCACUGCAUGAAGGUUUGUUUCUCAACCAAACUCAUGCAGAAAGCUACAUCAGCAUGUUCACUUCACAACUUGACAUGCUAGAGUUGUCUAACAUUCGUAGAACAUCUGCACGACCAGCUGUAGGCCAACCUGGCUUAGCAGCCAGACAAUACUCAGCUGUAGCUGAAGAUGACUAUCACUACAUCCACCGCCACGUCCACCAAAGGCUCCAGCAACAUAAGCCCCGUAAGGCACAGAUUGAUGGCUUCAGACUGAGGGAUGACCCAGGCUCUGGUGCCUUCUCCUGGCAGAUUACUAGUCCUAUAAAAUCCAACCUACAGAAACGUAUUGUUGCCUUUGACCCCUGGGCCCAGCUGUUUGACAUUGUUUAUCAUCUGAUUCUGUUAAUUCUUAUGGAGAGGAAAACAACUGACAUGCCACUGUUGAUUGAGCUGUACAAGUUAUGUCAUGGGACUGCUGGGAAGCUCCACAUGCUGGGGGAAAAAAACAAAGCAGUUAGAGCCCUGAUCCGAGGCUUUAUGAAUAGAUCUGAUACACAAAGAGUCAGGAAGUUUUUAUUAGAAUACAAGCAUGAGAUUGAUGAACUUCUGGCUGCCAGUUUACAUGAACGCAGCUCAGAUCUCAAGGCAGUGGGCCGUAGAAUGUCCGCUGAAGUAAGUCAACUUCUAGAAGUCACUGAUGAGGAGCUAGGGCUGGCCUCACAUCUUAAUAUGAUUGUGAUAACGUUGAGGGACCAACAAAGUUUCAUGACGACAACCUUAAUGAGACUGUCGGAAGAUGCUCUGUUUUGGUGUCCCAACGUAAAGAAACAAAUAGAAGAUCUUCACAUAAGUUUUCCUGAGGCAAUACCAAGGCCGGGGUCUCACACAAGAGAUCCAGAAAUAGCUGGCCCCAGGGAUCGAAUUCCAAAAGAAACUUUCAUGAGGCAUGGCUUUGAAGAUGAACAUAUUAUGAGACAUGAAAACACAACCAUUGUUGUAUCCAAGUGUAUGGAGAGAGACACAUCCCCUAAAGUGAUUGCCAAAGAAUCAGUUUUAAUGAAGUAUAUGUUGGAUACACACUUAGACGAAAUGUGGGAGCAAUUUUUGGAAGAGACAUUUGAAAAAACACAUUUACCACCCAAUCCAUACCCAAGUUUUAUCAGCAGAUGUCGCACAUCAACUAUGAAGAUGGAUCUUUGUUACGAGUCCGAAUCUGUUAUACUGGAGCGCAUGUUGACUAAGACAGCACAGCUAGUUGACUCAGAUAAUUUUGUCUAUCAACUCCCCAACUGUGAUGGGUGUGGGGCAGCAACUGCCAUUGCCCUGUUGGACCCUGGUGGUUAUGUUCCCCUUCUCCAAUGUGUUCAGGAUAAUCUCAUCAACAAAGCUUACCUCCAUCGCAAAGGUCCCUACAGGAUUGGGCUGUGUCUUGGAGUUACUGGCCCUGCUGCUCUGUAUGGCAAGAUGCAGCCAUACCUGACACAGCUAGACUUGCAUGAACACUACUACAUACAGGGUCCAGUUGGCUGCCAGACUGAUGCUGCACAGCUCUUUGCUGUUAUGGUUCAAAAGCACAUCUUUGAGUUGGUGACUGACAACAAAGUGCCCAUCCUUGGAGUCUUCAUUGGGAAGGACAGAAUCAGGUGGUCGUGGGAGGAAAUCAUCAACAAAAAGCUUGGCUUCUUCUCAGAGGUGGAAACAGCUGUUUUACAGAAAGAACAGAUUUAUCUAAAGGCAUAUGUUUUGAUGGAUGGAUGGAGAUAUGUUCCUGUCAUAAAGCUUUUUCUACUACACUAUAUCAGAGAAGAUGAAAUCAGCACAGAAACUUUCUUUCAAGAUGAUCCUGUCUAUUUUUACACUACUGUGUUUUCUUCUCCUGAAAGAGCAGCUUUUCACUACCAAAAUGGUGGUCCUUUAAGGGGAGGCAAUCCACUAAGCUCAUCAAACAUUCUAGCAGCAGUUACCGCCUUGGAUAAACAGCUACUGCUACUUAGAGAAAAGUCUGAGUUCAUGGAAGUUCAUAGGCUACUUCUGUACAGAUCACUAAUAUCUGAUGACACUGACCACAUUGUGGAUGCAUGGAGAAUGUUCCACAGUAUAGCUGGCCAGGCAGAAUAUGCUGCCACGUUGGCUCAGUCCAUUGCAGAGCUUGUGGAGUUUGAGAUAGAGUUUUCAAAAUUUCUUCCUAUUGAGCCUUCACAAACUGGCAGCUCAGUGCAAACAGUUAGUCCUUUAAAUCUUGGUAUUUUGAGUUCCAUGACAAAAGCUCUGAUAGAGAAGGCCCAGAUAGUCUCAGAGUGGAGGGUCUCAAUGUGUGUGACAACUAUGCCAGAUUUUAUUCAAAAGAAGAUCAAAAGUGUUACAGAAACAGACAGGAGAACCAACUGCAUUUAUCCCAUUAUACAAGAAAAUACUGUUGUCGUAAUGGAGGAAAUCAGUCAAAUGUUUGUAAACAUACGGACAACCUCCAGUAGUGACGUACACCACAUGAGCGACAAUGCCAUAACCACAUUCCAGGAGAUUGAGAAGGCAGAUGGACACCGUCCACUCAGUGUAGAGUCACAGUUACUGAACGAUCCGCAGGUGUUUCUGCAACGCCCCCGUGCAGGUCACAAAGUUUUAGAAGAUGACCUCUUAUACCGACCAAAGAAACAACAAAUGUACAAACCAGUGGUCAAAUUUUAGUCCAGUCCUUGCAAUUUAUUUAUUUUUAGUUUCCAUUUUUUCAAACAAGCCUAUAACAUAAAACUUAAAUAUUAUUGAAACAAGUUUACUUUUUUUGUUAAGUUUUAUGCUUAAUGUAUUAGGUAGUUCAACUUAAUAAUUAUACACUUUUUAAUUGGCUGGUAACUAAUGAAAUUCAGGAAAUAAUUUUGUAUUGAAUCUUGAAUAUGUUAUUAGUUUAAUUGUUUUAAAAGUAUAAUAGCCAGCAAAUGAUAAGUUAUUCUAUGGUAAUUGAAAAUGUCAGUUUAUAAAUAGUAUAUGAUAUACUUUUUAUAUUUGCUAACGAGUAUACACACAUGUAAUUAGUGAAUUGUUUUUAAAUUUAACAUGCGCAUAGUGUAUAUUUAUAUAUAUAUAGCCUAUAUAUACAUAUUUAUAUUAAUACAAGCUUAUAUUUUAAUUCUAUGAAUAGUUUUUGUAUAUUGUAUUGCAGAGUAAAAAUUAUCCGGUGUCAAUUAUUUCUUUAAAAAAUUGUCACAAUCCAUGUUUAAGCAGUUGACACUAUUAAUGUAUUCUGAUACAUGUUAAACAUUAGUUGAUUGGUUAGAAAAACUCACUCAAGAAUUUUGUUAACAUAAUCUGAUUAGGUAUAACUAUAAGAAUUUUGUUACACAUCAGCUGAUUGGGUAGAACACUGAUCUCUAGCUAUGGUAACUAUAAAUAACAUGGCUGGAAGAAACAAGACCAACAAUGAAGUUGAAUUAAUCUUGUUAUGCAUA